GCGUCUGUUAAACACAAUUUAUUAGUGCCAAGGUCAAUACUCUUACAUUCCCCACAAAUAUUCUAUGCCAGUUAUGAUAAUACUUUCAACGUUUAUAGUAUUAAAUUGUUUUGUUGUGUACAAUAAUGGAGCAAAUAUUCUUGCAUUAUUUCCAAUGUCCAGUAAAAGCCAUACUAUUAUUGGAUACAAUUUAUGUGAAACGUUAGCAAAACGUGGACAUAAUGUAACACAUGUGAGUGCAUUUCCAAGAGGAAUCAAAUUGGAAAAUUAUCAUGAAGUGAAUUUAAUUGAUUAUGUGAAUCCUUUUUAUGAUGGAAGCACAAACGGUUCGGAGACACAGGGUAGAGAAUCAGAAUGUAUACUAAGAUCAAAAAAUACAAAAGAAGUUGAAAAUUCAGUCAAUAAUAAAACUGAAAAUAAUGAUAAAAUAACUGACUGGCUGUCCGAAAAUAUAAUUUCGCAAACACAUUCGACACAUAAUGCGAUAAUCAAGUUAACAGAUAUUGUGUUAAAAGAUAGAAAUUUACACAGUAUACUAAAUUCGAAACAGCAUUUUGAUGUGAUUAUAAUGGGAGCAUUUGGCCAAGAGGCAUUACUUGGUAUUGGGCAUCAUUUUAAUGCACCAAUAAUUGUAACAGCACCACCUGGAAUGAGUAUGUUUGUGGACGAUUUUGUUGGGAAUCCAGCACCAUUUUCUUAUGUUCCAAAUUUACUUUUUGAUUAUACGGAUAAAAUGACAUUUUUCCAACGUUUGACUAGCACAGUAUAUGGAACUUACGUAAAUAUUUAUAGGCAUUUUGUUUAUUAUCCGACUCAAAAUGAAUUAUUACAUAAAUAUUUUCCACAUGCACCAGACGUAAAAGUUUUAAUGAAAAAUGUAGCAAUCAUUUUGAGUAAUUCACAUGAAAGUAUUGGAUAUCCACGCCCAUUAGUUCCAAAUGUUAUAAAUGUGGCUGGUCUACACGUUUUAAAACCUCAACCAUUAUCAAAUUGUUUGCAAACAUUUAUGGAUGAUACAGAAUACGAAGGUGUCAUUUAUCUUAGUUUAGGGUCAAAUUUUCAUAGCAAAGAUAUGCCAAAGGCAAUGAAAGACAGUUUUGUUCAAGCUUUUGCCAAAUUGAAAUCAUUUAAAGUUUUAUGGAAAUGGGAUGAACCAACAAUAGAAGGAUUAACUGAUAAUGUUCGUCUCAGAAAGUGGUUCCCUCAAAGUGAUGUAUUAGCUCAUCCAAAAACAAAAUUAUUCAUUACACAUGGUGGACUAUUAAGUACAAUUGAAACUGUGGCUCGAGGCGUUCCUUUGAUUGGGAUACCAUUAUUUGCUGACCAAUUCAUAACAAUGAAAAGAGCUAAGGAUCUUGAUUUAGGUGUGAUUUUAGAUUACCAAAAUAUUACAGAAGAAUCGGUUACCGAAGCCAUUAAUGAAAUACUUAAUAAUAAAAAAUACUAUAAAAAUGUAAAACAGCGAUCUGAAAUCAUAAAUGAUCAAAUAGUACAUCCUUUAGAUAAAGCUGUGUAUUGGGUGGAAUACGUCAUUAGACAUAAAGGAGCUGCACAUCUGAGAUCAGCUGGUGCUGAUAUUCAAUGGUAUCAAUAUUUGCUGAUUGAUGUUAUUGGAUUUAUUUUAAUUAUUUUAUCAAUCAUAUUGACUGCUUGUUAUUUAAUUAUUAAAAAAAGUUUUUUGUAUUUCAAAAAAUCUGUACAAGUUAAGAAAACUAGUAAGCUAAAAAAACAAUAUUAUUCUGUUGAGUUAAAUAAUGGUGCGAACAUUCUAGCAUUGUUUCCAAUGGUAACAAAAAGCCAUGCAAUUGUUGGAUAUGAUUUAUGUGAGACGUUAGCAAGACGUGGUCACAAUGUGACACAUGUUAGCGCAUUUCCAAGAGGAAUCAAAUUUCUAAAUUAUCAUGAAGUUAAUUUAACCGAUUUUGUGAAUCCUUUUCAAGAUGUUAAGCAAGAUUCCGAUAAAUUACUUAAAUGGGUGAAUCAAAAUUUUAUCGUGAAAACAAACACGGUAUUUCAUCUUAUUAGAAAUACAACAGAAAUUGUUUUAAAAGAUAGAAAUUUGCAAAGAAUAAUUAAUUCAAAACAAAAAUUUGACGUCGUUAUAAUGGGAGCAUUUUCUCAAGAAGCGUUACUUGGUAUUGGUUAUCAUUUGAAAGCACCAAUAAUUAUAACAGCACCACCUGGAAUGAAUUUGUUUGUGGAUGAUUUUGUUGGAAAUCCAGCACCUUUUUCGUAUGUUCCAAAUGGACUUUUUGGUUUUACGGAUCACAUGACAUUCUAUGAACGCUUGAUUAAUACACUAUUUGGAACAUACAUAAAAAUAUACAAAUUUAUAGUACAUUAUCCAAUUCAAAAUUUAAUUUUACAAAAAUAUUUUCCAAACGCACCAGAUGUUUAUGAAUUACAGAAAAAUAUUUCAAUUGUUUUGAGUAAUUCGCAUGAAAGUAUUGCAUACCCACGACCGUUAGUUUCAAAUGUAAUACAAGUUGGUGGCCUACAUGUAUCAAAACCUAAACCUCUACCUGAAGAUUUGCAAAAAUUUAUGGACAAUGCACCAAAUGGAGUAAUUUUUUUUAGUUUGGGAUCAUUUGUUCGAAGUAAAGAAAUAACAAAUAAUACUAAAAAUAGUUUUGUAAAAGCUUUUUCCAGGCUUAAGCAAAAAGUCCUAUGGAAAUGGGACGAACCAACAAUACCAGGGUUGUCAAGUAAUGUUCGUAUCAGUAAAUGGUACCCUCAAAAUGAUGUAUUAGCACAUCCAAAUAUUAAAAUAUUUAUUACUCAUGGAGGAUUGUUAAGUACAACGGAAACAGUAGUACGAGGUGUACCAAUAAUUGGAAUACCAAUAUUUGCGGAUCAAUUCAUUAAUAUGAAAAGAGCCAGUGAUCUGGGAUUUUGUGUUAUAUUAGAUUUUGUAAAUAUUACGGAGGAAUCAGUCCUGCAAGCAGUAAACGAAGUGCUUAACAAUAAAAAAUACUACCAAAAUGUAAAACGACGAUCAGAGAUUAUCAACGAUCAGUUAGUUCAUCCUUUAGAUAAAGCUGUGUAUUGGGUUGAAUAUGUAAUUCGACAUAAAGGUGCCCCACAUCUUAGAUCAGCUGGAGCAGAUUUGCCAUUGUAUCAAUAUUUAUUACUUGAUGUUAUUGGAUUCAUUUUAAUGAUUUUAUUGUUUAUAUUUAGUAUUAUUUAUUUAAUGAUAAAAUCU